CCUAGCGCGCCGAUUGGGCGCGGGUGGGUGCGAGGCCCGGGCUGGGGGCCCUGCCUCCAACCCCCCAGAGGCCCCCCUUACUCCCGCCAGCUUACGGAGGGGAAAACUGAGGCGCACAGCAGGUUGCCAUGUUGUGAGCUGCCACGUUGGAGGGGCCCACGUGGAAAGGAACUGAAUGCUGCCAACGUGUACUGAAGGAGCUUGGAAGCUGGAUCCUUGCCCAGUCAUGCCUGCAGGACACAUGAGAAGUUGGGGCCUGGAGAAUGUGGUCAGGGGGAGAAAUGGUAGAAGAAAACCACAGCUGAGAACACCAGACGCUGGACCAAAGCUGAUGUGUGACUUAUAGUAUGGUUACAUAUUCACCAGGGCCACCUGCCCACUGAGACCUGGGAUAACACGGGCCAAAGGUGGCCCAUCAGCUCCGAAACCUGUCAUUCUGCGCAUGCCUGACAGACCACGGGGACGGGAAGGAGUCAAGCGGACCCCGGUGGAAACCCACAGAUGUUUGCAGUUGAUGACAGACAUGUCAGCAGAUGGAAUUAAAGAAUUUGCCAGCAACUGUUGCCUGUUUACCAAAACUCCCUCAGUGAAGCUCACCUUCAGCUCUUGGAGGCGACCGCUUGGGCCCCAAGUCAGGGAUGCCUGGCUCUGAUGGCCACUCACCUGCUGUGUGGCCUGGGGUAAAAUGUCUGCUCCAGGAUCCUACCAGGCGGCUGCUGGACCUUCCUCGGUGCCAACUGCACCCCCAUCCUAUGAAGAGACAGUUUCUGUUAACAAUUACUACCCCACACCUCCAGCACCCAUGCCUGGGCCGGCCACGGGGCUCAUGACGGGCCCGGAUGGAAAGGGCAUAAAUCCGCCUGGGUACUACACCCAGCCAGUGCCCGUCCCCAAUGCCAAUGCAAUUGCUGUGCAGACAGUCUACGUGCAGCAGCCCAUCUCCUUUUUCGACCGCCCGGUCCAGAUGUGUUGUCCUUCCUGCAACAAGAUGAUCGUGACUCGGCUGUCCUAUAAUGCCGGCGCCCUCACCUGGCUCUCCUGCGGGAGCCUGUGCCUUUUGGGGUGCAUUGCAGGCUGCUGCUUCAUCCCUUUCUGUGUGGACGCCCUGCAGGAUGUGGACCACUACUGUCCCAACUGCAAAGCUCUCCUGGGCACCUACAAGCGUUUGUAGGACUCAGCCAGACCUGAAGGGAGCCGUGUGCUGCAGGAAGGCCUUUCCGACUCUCACCCAGCCCCGCCCCUGGUGAAGGCUCCAUUUUGGUGGUCUCAUCUCUCCAGGGUCUCCACCUUCGUGUCUUCUUUUGGGGGGAAAAUAUCGCAAAAAUAACACACCUCCAAACCCCAGAAAUUGCUGCUUGGAGUCGUGCACAGGACAUGCAAAGACAUUCUCCUUGAGUGCUGGUUCAAGGGUUUCCUGCCUCCCCGUCUGUGACCCCAAGUCAUCCCAUCCAACUGUGAUCAUUGUCCCGUCUGAGUAUCUUCUGGUGAUUGGCCACUGAUUUUUUUGCCUCAGUGGGCCUUUCUCUUGGUGGUCUCAAACUGAGAAGCCCCAGAUUGCCUUAUUUUUUAAACUGUUCUGGCCCCAGUACGGCUGAACCAACCUUUAGUGCCUACCGUCAUAGCCAUCUGUUUCCACUUCUGAUGACAAAAAUCUUGCCUUACAGUUUAAGGGCUUGGCUUUCAGAUUCUGUAACUGUAGGCUUUUAAAUAGCACACAAAUUCACUUUAAUUUCUUAAUUCGUUUUUAAGUACAGGGAGGGGUUAUUCACACCCAUCAGACACAUAGCCAUGAGGUCAUAAACGCAGGCUAGGAAUAGAAGGCUGGAUCUUUUCACUGAUCUGCCUUCUUUGGACCAGAUCCUCUUUGGACCAGCCACUUUCCAUGAAGAGCUUUUUUUUUUUUGGUAGAGGAAUUGUUUGUAUUAACAGUUUUUGUGACCUCCUUUUGGUCUUAAACACCUUUGAACAUAAUUUUGAAAGGAGGGAUUUAUAGAACUGUUUUCCCUAACCAUAUGACUCGUAUCAUUUUCCCAUUUGCCAAUGCACUCUCACUUUUUUUUUUUUUUUUUCCUUAACAGAAAAAGUAACGGGGAUAAUUUCAUCCACUGCCUUUACUUGGGUUUAGUGUUGUUCCUAAAGACCUCCAUAAUGGAACUCUUAAAGCGGGUCCCCUUUUGGGUUCCUGGUGGAUAUUUGGAAAGACAAAGGAAAGCGUGUUUGAGCACGUCUGAGUACCAUGGUGCUGAAAAGUGUGGGGACCUGACUGUUUCAAAGGCAUCUGAAGUCUGGAUUUUAUUUUUCAGAAAUCAAUUUGUUGUAUAACAUCUGAAGACAUGAUUUCUAGGACUGAAGCAGCAAGCCAGAGUUCUCUGUGUGCUGCUGUGUCAUCUUUGAAAUCAAGACAAAGCUGGGCUCGACUUUGAAGAGUCCCCGUUUUGAUAAUAAAUAGGCACAGGGAAUGCAUGUGAAUAAUAUGUAGAAAUCAAGCCUAGGUCUUGAUCGAAAAUCUGUAUAUUGGUUCAAAAUUAUAGUCAUAACCCAUUGAUUCAGCUUAUUCAUUUGAUGUUUCGAAAGUUCCAGUAAUCAUUUUUUUUUUUUUCUUUUUGCGGUAUGCGGGCCUCUCACUGUUGUGGCCUCUCCCGUUGCGGAGCACAGGCUCCGGACGCGCAGGCCCAGAGGCCAUGGCUCGCGGGCCCAGCCGCUCCGCGGCAUAUGGGAUCCUCCCAGACCGGGGCACGAACCCGUAUCCCCUGCAUCGGCAGGCGGACUCUCAACCACUGCGCCACCAGGGAGGCUCUCCAGUAAUCAUUUUUUGCAAUGAUUAUGGAUACUACAUAGUACUUUGGUGUUAUCUGCUUUUCAAAAAUAAAGUCUUUUGUUCACUCUGUGAACUAUUCAUCAAUUC